AAACCCACAUUGGGUGCCCUCUGACCCUUAGUGUGGUCUUGGCAACGGGCUGGGACCAACCCCUAGAGUGGGCUGAGGGGGCGGCCAUGGAGCUGGGCAGCUGCUUCAAGACCUAUGAGGACUUCAAGGAGUGCUUCAGCGCCUACAAAAGGGAGAACAGGUGCUCCUUCAUUCUCAGGGACUGCAUCUCUGUACGCUUCCACAACCUCAACCAUGGCACCUCCAUCCGCGAGGACAUCCUAUAUGUGCAGGUGAAGUUUGUCUGUAUCCGGACCCAGUCAAAUAGGAAGAGAACACGGGAGGCGGACGUGUGCCCAGCGUAUGUGCUCCUCAGGUACAACGAGAGGUUAGAUAGACUGUUCAUCAGUGAACUAAACACCCAGCAUAUGCAUGGUAACUCCAAAACCGCUGGUGCUGGAGGAGACACUGCUGGCAAAUCUCAAAAGAAAAUGUGCCUACAGAAACUCCAGCCUGUCCAACCCACAAUCAUUAAAGACCUUGACACUGGAAAGUCCCCUGUCGAAACGCUGUUCUGCCUAGAGAAUGUACAAGUGCCCUCGAAGCCAGAGCAGGAAGGCAUCACUCCUUCUGACCUGGCCAAGAUAGCAAAUGUGAUGAAGAACUUUCUUAAGGUAGACGAGGGUUCCAUGGCUUCCUUCAGUGUGGGUGACAGCCAAGACCUGGACCGCCUCAGCUUCCAGAGCAGCAAAAUGAGUGACCUGUUCAUCCGCUUCCCAGAGAAUCUCUUGCUACACCGGGUGGAGAAUGCCCAGGGCCACGUCCUCUAUGCUUUCUUGGUGGAGAACAAGGAACGGGAAGGUCGAGUGGUACACUUUGCUGUGCUCAAGGCGGAGACAGCCACCUCCGUGGCCAAGAUGCUAAGCAUCUUCACUGAGUUCAACUCUGAUUGGCCCAAGGUCAAGGUGGUCUUUGUGGACCCUUCAUUCCCUCACCGGGCCAUCCUGCAGGAGAUCUUCCCUGCUGCCCGCAUCCUCCUUUCCAUCUACCACACCACCCGCCUCUUGGAGAAGAAGUUGCAUCGUAGUUCGGCAAAUCCAUCUUUUAAAAGGCUCAUGAAGGAAGCCCUGCGGGAGGCUGUGUUUAUCACUUCUGAUGCCAGCUUGAAAAAUCUCUGUCAGAUGUCCCAGGCCCUACUAGAUGAGGAUCUCUUCAACUUCCUACAGACCCACUGGUUCACCUGUGAACUGCUGUGGUACAUGCAUGUCAGGAAGGGCCUGCAUGCGUGUAACACCUACAUGGACAGCCUAGAUAUUGUCACCAGCAAGGUGUCAAGCCUGUUCCGGAAACAGCAAUCCCUGCUGGACUGCAUCCUCUGCUUUGUAGAUUACAUUGACUUCUUUAAUAUCAAAGGCUUGAAGAACUUGCCCACAGCUCCUCCCAAGUUAAAGAGAGCUCGGCCAGCAAGCAUGGGACCAAAGUCUAAGAAAGCUUUUGGAAUCUGUGGGGGGACCCUCACCAGAGUCCCUGUGGAAGAGACAAAACCGAACUCACAGCAGGUGCAGCUGGAGCAGCAGCCACAGGUGCAGCCCCCCCAGGCUGGCAUGUUAGACACCUUGCACCAGACUGGCUCUGAACUAGCUUAUAAGCUGUGCCACAAUGAGUGGGAGGUGGUACAGAACUCCACCCACCUGGUGGAAAUGGCUGGCUCGUCAGUGGACGUGCAGCUGCUAGAGGACUCCCACCAGGUUAGCAAAGAUGGCUGUAGCUGCAGCUGUUACUUUCAGCAAUGGUACCGCCUGCCAUGCCGGCACAUUUUGGCCCUGCUGCACACCAGCCAGCAGCCGGUUGAUGAAGCCAUGGUGUGUCGCAGGUGGCAGAAGAAGUACCAGCACCUCCUUGGGCCCAGUGGAGAGUUGCAGGACCAUAGUGUGGUCCCAGACACAAGCCAGCCUGAGAGGGAGGGACGAAACAACAUGAUUCAGGACCUAAGCAGGGAGCUGGCAAACCUGCUAAUGCAGACUGAGGGGCCAGAGCUGGAAGAACGCUAUUCCACCCUGCGCAAGAUUGUGGACAUCUGGGCUAACCCAUGUCAGCCACCUGAGUCCAAUCAGCAGCCAGGAGAUUUCAAGGACGUGGGCUGCCUCCCUUUCCUCUGGGGAAAGCAAGAGGAAGGGGAAGGACUUCCUUCUGCUGCAGCCUUGAUUCAGGACGCAAUAAUACAUGGGACCAAAAAUCCCUCUUCUUAGAAGUUUGAGAGUUCAAAGUGGGCAGGACAGGCUAGGGUUCAGCAUUUUAGCUAUUCCCUUCCUAGGUAGGGCUGGGAAGACUCUUACAAUAGGGGGAGAAAGAACCCCACUGUGUAACAGUCCUUUCGAUCCUACCUUUGGAUUCCUUGGGACCCUCAUUCAAUGUUCAAGGCCAAAGUUAUCUCCAUGCUGAAAGGUCACCCAUCUGUCUCCACCAACCUCUAAGAUCAGAUCUUAUUCACCUUACAAAGAUGAACCCCUGCCCCAGGAUAGGGUGAUACACAAUGGGUCUGGUAAAAGGGCAUGUUUUCAGGGACAGAGAGAAGGAGGAGGGUGAUCUUUGGCUGUUGCUGCUGUUUAUGAAAAGUCUGUUAUUUGUUACUAUUUUUAUUUAUAUUAAA